AUGCCAACAAACAGUCACAGCAAACAAAACUUGACAGCCCUGUCACUCAGUCAUGACCAGCAGCAGCUGACACUGCAUCACCAUCAGACAGCCCAUCGCCAGCGAGCCCAGCGUCCUACUCAGCCAGCCCCACCCCCCGUUCUCCGUCCCCGUAAGCACUCACUUCAGCAGUGUCGCACAACACAAGCAGUACCAACCCCCUCACCAUGCCACUUAUCCCAAACUCGCCCCCACUACAGGCCAACUCCUCCAAGCAGCCAGCUCCAGGUUGGCCUCAGCCCCAGUCUAACAGCCCCACACCCCUACCACCCCAUGGUUACUCUUUGGGCACACAUGACCACCGCACGCACCCAACCAGUCCCCACCUGGUCUAGUUCGCACGCAUGCAGACCCCGCAAGCAACUCAGUGACAUUCACAUCUGCCCCCAGCCUCCAGUCGUCGACAGGCAGCUAUCGCCCCCUAUAAACACAGUUCCAGCUCCAAGCAGCCUACCAAGCCAAAACUACACCACACGCAUCCAGCCAGGCCAGUACCCAGUGCAGUACUGGUCGUCAGUGGCCACACAUCCUCCAGCCAAGGUUCAGCCUUCAUCCCCUCUAUUCCAGCCACCACAGGUCCUCCAUGGCCACAGAGCCACCCUGAUUUCGCCAGGCGCCUUCCAGAAACCAGCAGCGUCACCCGCCCCAAGCCCCAGACUGCAGUUCACUCCGGACCAGUCGGCAGUGCCACCCAGCCGCAGCCAGUUUUGUAGCAGCGCAAGACCAGCCCCAGUCAGUGGGCCGCAGUCAGUGUCGUCCCCCGCCAUCCUGUCUACAGUAGCACGUCUCCAGGUCACAACACUCCAGGUCUAG